UUCUGAUAACUCGUCAUAAUGUAAAACGUGAUAGUGGAACGCUGAGUCCGAAAAAUUAAAAUCGGAACAUUUGAUUAUUAGAAAUUUUUGUAAAAUAAGAUUAACAUUUUGUCUUUAUCACUCCUAGUUUCAAUUUAAAUAUUAUAUUUUCUGUUUUACUUAUGUUCAUCAUUAUAUCCACAUAUUUUAGAAUUUAAGGUUAUUUAUCAGCGAUUUAUUUUCUACUGUUGUUGGUAUUAUUUUUUAUACAUCUGUUAUAUAUUGAAUGGUUUUUUGAUUACGCGCGAAAAGAGAUAUAGACGUGUAGUGUUUCCCUAUUGAGUUUAUAGUUCAUAUUCUCUCCAUAUCUGUCGCCGAAGUCGCAUAUUCUACGAAAGGUGAUAAACAGCCUUAAUUUAUAAUUAUAAACAUAUUGUAUAUAUAUAUAUAUAUAUAUAUAUAUAUAUAUAUAUUAUGUAUAUAUAAAUAACAGUACUUGUACAGUACAGUAAAUCAAAUAAACGUAAUGAAUAUUGUAUCGUGCACCACGUGGGUUAAGAGAGGUAUUGCUGCAACUCUUCCUGAAAAGGUUGAAUUGACACCAAAAGAAUUAGAAGAAAUUAUAAAACAAACCCAAUCUGAUUUACAGUAUGAUUUUUAGGAAAGAGGAAGAUGAAGAAGAAGAAGAAGCUAUUGGAGAUGAGACUGAUUUGGAGAAAAAUAAAGUUAAAAAGAACUAUGAUAUAAAUAAUAGUUCUAUGGAAACUGAUGAAUAUGAUUUUGAUAAAUAUGAUAAAGAGAGUGGUGAUAUACAUUGUAAUAUUGGAAAUAUAGUAUCUUUUGGAGAAGAUGGAAAAGAUCCUCUUAUAACAUCAGCAGAGACAGAUGAUGAUUCAGAAAAAGAAGAUGACAUGAUUAAAGAAGAUGAUAAUUUAGUUUUGAUAGGACACGUUGAUGGUGAUGCCAGUAUAUUGGAAAUAUUUGUAUAUAAUGAAGCAGAAGGUUCUUUUUACUGUCAUCAUGACAUAUUGUUACCAUCUUUUCCAUUAUGUAUUGAAUGGCUUAAUUUUGAUCCAAGUGAUACAAUGCCAGCCAAUUUAUGUGCGAUUGGAAGCAUGACUCCAAUAAUUGAAGUGUGGGAUCUUGAUCUAAUUGAUUGUUUAGAACCAGUUUUUAAACUUGGACGUAAGCCAAGUAAAAAAAAAAAAUUAACCCGUAUUGGUCAUAAAGAUGCAGUAUUAGAUUUGGCAUGGAAUAAAAAUUAUACACAUAUAUUAGCAAGUGGUUCAGUUGAUCAAACUGUUUUACUGUGGGAUUUAGAAAAUGGCAAGCCUGCUACCAAAUUAGAUUCUUUUAAUGAAAAAGUUCAGACUCUUGAAUGGCACCCAUCAGAAACUCAUCAUCUCUUAACAGGAUGUGCAGACCAAUUUGUAAGAUUGUUCGAUUGUAAAUUAGAAAGUAAUGUUAAAGAGUGGCAGACACCUGGAGAAGUAGAAAGAGUUUUAUGGAAUCACUUUGAUACUAAUCAUUUUCUUAUUAGCACAAAUAAUGGUUACCUUGAAUAUUAUGAUAUAAGAGAAGAUUCACCAAUUUGGCAAGUCAAGGCUCAUGAAGCAGAAAUUACAGGAUUAUCUCUUAGUUCAUCAUAUCAAGGAUUAUUAGUUACUUCAUCAAAUGAUAGCAUAAUCAAAGUGUGGGAUAUUCUUGAUAGCAAAGAUCCAUGUGUCAUAUGGGAAAAGAAGACUAAUUUAGGUGCAUUGCAAUGUCUUGCAUCAAAUCCAGAUAUUCCACUUGUAUUUGCUGUAGGUGGUGACAACAAAGCUCACAAUUUUAAAGUUAUAGAUUUGUCUGAAAUAUCAACAGUUAAUGAUAGAUUUAAAAAAAGAGAAACUAUAUAUAUGGAAAUGAAAGAAAACUGUAAAAAGAGUGAAAAUUAUAACACAAAAGAAGAAAUGAUGGAAAUGGCUGAGGGUAUGGAAUCGAUGGCAUUAAACAUGGUUAAUUCUGGGGUUAGUAAAAAGAAAAAAAAGAAAUAAGAAAUAAAUAAAAAAUGUUAUUUAAAUUUUA